AUGACCACCUCCAGUAGGACGAAUUCUGCUACAUCCAGGGUAAACUCCUUGGUCAAAAUAUUUGAUCCGAGUGCGUUACAAAACCAGGGGCUUGCUAAUGAAGUAGAAACCACCCAAAUUCCUCUUGCUGCAAGCAAACAUGUCAGCUCCUCUGAAAGUUUUAACACGUUGGAUGUGAAGUUUGCCUCCCUUGGUCAGAAAAUAGAUAAGUUGUUGACUAUGCAGGACAAUGUCCUUCAGACGCUAAACAGUGUUUCCCAGGAAAUGUGUUGCAUUGAAAAAGACAUUGAGAUGUUAAAGGCAAAAGCAACUGAACCUGGACCCACCACAGAAACAAGUGAGAAGCUAAAUAACUCUGAAAUGAAGGGGCUGUGCAUAGAAAUGACCAAUACCCUUUCUGACAUGAACAAGAGUGCAGAGCAGCAAGCUAAAAGAUUAGAUGGAAUGGAACAAAUAGUGCUGGGGUUACAGGAGCUUAUAGGGUUUGUGGCUGAGAAGUUUAAAACGUGUAAAAUCACUGAUUUAAUUCUCAAAAACAAAGCUCCUCCUAAGCUUGUCAAGGUUGGCAGUUACUUAAAGAACUAUAAGGUUGGAAACAAUUCCAGAAUGAAGACUUUCUCAGACAAAAGGGAUACUGGCACGUCCAGCAACAGAAACGAAAAGGCCAUCAGGGAUCAGAAAGAAAAGGAGAAGUCAUGUUUAAGUGUGAAGGGAACAAAGUUUAUAAAAAAGAAGAAACCACCCGAUUCCACAGAGGGAGCCAACCAAGAAAACCAGUCCUGCCCUCACAAAGAAACGGUCCAUAUGCUCAAUAAGGAAAAUACUGAAAAGGCAAGUGCUUUUUUGGUUCAAAGGAGUUCUCCCAAAUCUCAAGGGCCAAAGAACAAGGGAGAGGAUUUAGCUUUGAAAAGGCAGAAGGAACACACAAAGAGCUAUGUUCAAACAUCCUUCAGUAGAAGAAAGAGCCAAGGAGCAGAGGUUGCUGUUGAUGACAUUAACCAAAGGAUAACAGGGCAAGAUGAAGAGAAGGAAAGUGAAUCCCUGGAAGGUGUGAAGAGGGCUGGUGGACAGCAAGUGCCUGAAGAAGAAAGGCAAGAGGAGGAAGAAGAAGAGGAUGAUGCUGGUCACUGUGAAGAAGAGGAGGAAGAAUCAGCAACUGCAUCCCAAAAUGAACAUGAGAUAGAGGAUGAUGAGGGUCCAGCAGAAAGCCAGGGACAAGAUGCACGGCUUCAAAGGUGUAAAGGCAGUGAAAAAGGCACAGGAAGCAAACCAUCAGAGACGUUCUCCCAGAACCCUGAGCAGACCUGCCAGCUUGAGCAUAGAGGCAGCAGUAAGCGUCGAGUGAAUGAUGAAGGUCUAAUCAAAGCUGACAACAAAAAGAGCAGGGUAGACGCAGAGAGUGCUGGUGACAAAUGUAAACGUAAAGAGGCCAUUAAACCAAAUACUCCACAAGACAAACCAAAGGCAGCUGAUUCCACUGGUACAGAGAGUGAUAAUCAAGCAGAGGCAUCUAUAGAAGAUUUGGUGACUGUAAUUGGUGAUGGUCCUGCUCCUCCAGCGCCGUUUGAUCACCGGAUUGUCUCAGCAAAAAAGGCAGUGGUCAACAGUUAUUAUGAAGUCAACCGGAACGAAGUUCUGGGAGGAGGGCGAUUUGGUCAGGUGCACAAAUGUGAAGAAAAAGCAACAGGUCUCAAGUUAGCAGCAAAAAUUAUAAAAGCCAGAGGUGCUAAAGAAAAGGAAGAAGUAAAGAAUGAAAUCAAUGUCAUGAACCAGUUAAACCACACAAACCUUAUCCAGCUGUAUGAUGCCUUUGAAUCCAAAAAUGACAUUGUUCUGGUCAUGGAAUAUGUGGAUGGAGGAGAAUUAUUUGACCGAAUUAUUGAUGAUAACUACAGUUUGACAGAGAUGGAUACCAUCUUGUUCACAAAACAGAUCUGUCAAGGGAUUCAAUACAUGCAUCAGAUGUACAUUCUUCAUUUAGACCUGAAGCCCGAGAAUAUCCUGUGUGUGAAUCGAGCUGCUUAUCAAAUAAAAAUUAUUGAUUUUGGAUUGGCAAGAAGAUAUAAACCCAGAGAAAAACUUAAAGUGAACUUUGGCACUCCGGAAUUCCUCGCUCCUGAAGUUGUGAACUAUGACUUUGUCUCCUUUCCCACGGACAUGUGGAGUGUAGGAGUCAUUGCCUACAUGCUGCUCAGUGGAUUGUCUCCUUUUCUGGGUGACGAUGACAAUGAGACUCUCAACAAUAUCCUGGCUUGUAGCUGGGAUUUCGAAAAUGAGGAAUUUCAGGAUGUUUCUGAAGAAGCCAAAGACUUCCUCUCAAAACUUCUAAUCAAGGAAAAAAGCUGGAGAAUGAGUGCAACUUCAGCCUUAAAACAUCCUUGGUUAUCAGACCAUAAACUCCAUUGCGGACUACACAAGCAGAGGAAGGCUAAGUGCCACUCAGAGUCUCAAGCACCCAUGGCUCAAUGACCUUUCCAAGAAAGCUGCCAAAUGGAAGAAAAGCUGCUGCAUUGUUACUGCUGGUAAGAGAUUUGGAGAUAUCAGCAGUUCUGGUGCUUUGACCUUGUGAUGACUUGAGGCUU